AGAAAACUUGUUACAAACAAUGUAAACAAAUUCAGUUUUGCAAUAUGUUCAAUAAUAAUGUUGUAUGUGUUGUUCUUACACUUCUCAUAUGAGAGAGGACUGCCAACAGAUCAAGGAUUCAAGGUUGGGUACAGAGACCAACGUUCUCGGCAAGUGGCUAUCCAAACCUUCAAUUCCACAUCAAUACAUACAGAGUUAUGGUUGCCACAGACAAUCCCAGAAAUACUUAGAAAGUUAACACUUUUGAGGGAUAUGUAUAAAUAUACAGACGCUGAUGUAAAAAUGAUCAUUGAAACACUACGAUUCGCUAAAGAUGAAAUGUCCGGCUAUAUGAGGAGGUCAGGAAGGCCUUACUUUCAGCACUGUAUAGGUAUGGCAGGUUGUCUGCUUGAUGUAGGGGCAUCACUUGAACUUGCUCUAUCUGCAUUGGUCCACUCUGCUUAUGUAUUUGGGAAACAGGCACAGGAUCUAACAAAUGCUGAUGAUAUAUGCGAAUUACGAAAAAGAGUAGUGGAAGAUGUUGGACUGGGGGUAGAAUACUAUUUAUGGAGUUACACAAUCUUUCCUCGCCCAAAUCUAGGUGACAGUGCAAUGUGGAUUGCAAGAGAAGGUAUAGAACGGGGACUACACAAGACUUCAAAAAUGUUUCCAAGGCUAAGAGGUUCUCUUUUGGGUCACCUUUGCAAUGAACUUGAUGAGUUUUACCACUUUGAUCAAAGGUUUGGACGUAGUCGUUAUAGAAGUCAAGCUUUCAGAGAAAAUGCAACUUACGUGUUAAACAAACUGGGAUACCCUGGAUUAGCAGAUAAGCUGAACACUCUAUUUGCCAAACACAUCCAAUUGGACAAUCCUGCUACGGAAUCUGAGAAACAAUAUAAAAUGACAGAGGAGAAAUUUGCUAAAAAAUUUUACAAGGUGUUUAAAUCAUCAUUUAAACAGCAUUACGGACCUGGCCCAAGAAAAUUUCAUCGAAUUGUGGACUUUGAUAAAAUUGAUGAGCAUCAUAUAUUGGCACACUUUGAUGACCAUUAUGGACAACUCGAGAACCUUUGCCCUGAUAUACCACUUUAUGAGCCUCCUGUGAAAGUAUGAGUCUCUUGUGAAAGAAGCAGCAGAGACUAGAAAGGGAAAAUUGUUAUAAGCAAGCAAUCUUUUCAGAAAACCUGCCAAUGUUUCCUUAAUAUAAUUUAGUUUUUGAGAACAAUUUGAGAUAUCCUGAUGAACUAUUGAUAUAGUUUAUAUUGUUACACUA